AUGUUCUACCCAAGCGACAAAGAACGCGAGCAAAUAGCAACUUCAGUCUUUGGCGAACAGUUUGCACACCGUUGGAAUGACCCAACAUCCAAAGCGUACUUCGAUCACUAUUGUUCUUUGAUCUGCCCAGAAGAUCCAGGGGAUGCCAUCAUUCGCAUUGGGACUCAGACACUAAGGAGUCAUACAGAUGUCGUCAGCUGCGUCAAGACCCUCCGUGGGAACCCUUCUCUGACAGUCGAUGGAUUUAUCACAGAGUCCCUGGGCUCUGAACUUUCGAGCGACAAAGAAAAGAAGAACAUUUCCAAGCUGAUCGUCUCGGUUGCGUUCAUGAUUGACUGUUUUUCCGGAGACUACUUCGCUGUAGGGCUCGAACGCAACGACUUCAGUCGGAACAAGUGGGAUGGAGACGUCUGCUUCGCUGCCUACGUAGAAGAAGCCUCCACCCAGCAGCAUUGUGCUACCGAAGAUCAGAAGGGGAAGGUUAUAGAAAUCAUGAUGCAAAAGAAAUAUCUCAAAGCCUGGAAACUCGCGGGAGAAUAUGAUGUAAAGAUCAGGCCGACAAACAACUUGCUAGAGCACCUUGCGUACGAUACGGGUACCAAAACCCUCAGAGUGUUCCACCAACUGUUCUUCCUCAGAGCGCAUCUGGCCAUCACCAAACACCAGCCCUUGGAACUAGGUUUUGAGGAGAGCCUAGCUCUAGAGGCAAUGCUGAUCGAGUUCGUUCGGACGGUGCCGCCGGACAUGGUCUUCGAGUACUGGGGCAACCGCCUGGCCAAACUUCACGACGCCAUCAAACGUCCGCCACCAACAAACCCGGUGGUUUCCUGGUUUGAGAGACACACCUCUGAACGCAACGCUCUGACUUGGGCUGGGCUGUUUUUGGCGGCGCUAUUUGGUUUCCUCUCAUUGAUUGUUGGUCUUCUCCAGCUCAUUCUCGCAUGGGUGGCCUGGAAGCAUCCAAAUCAAAGGGCAAGCAGGGGCUAG